AUGUCUAUUACCAAGACCACUGUUCUCAGCCCGGAUGCACCGGCCCCCAGCCCCUUAAUGUCGCAGGCUGUCAUCUGCAAUGGGAUGGUCUACUGCUCAGGAAGCUUAGGAAUUGAUCCUAGGACAAACAAGUUUGCCGAGGGAGACGCGGCGGAUCGAACGACACAAGCAUUAAAGAACCUGGACAACAUCCUCCGCGCCGCAGGAAGCGAUCUGAGCAAGGCCGUGAAGGUGAAUAUCUUUCUGUCUAGUAUGGAACACUACGCCAAGGUGAAUGAGGCCUAUGGCAAGAUCUUUACGCAUGAGGUGAAGCCUUGUCGAACUUGCGUACCGGUUCCUGAUUUGCCCCUGAAUGCUGAGGUUGAGAUAGAGCUGAUUGCGCACUUGUAG